UAAUAAAUAAACAAUAACGGGGGACUGAACCAAACCAAAUUCAAUUUUAUUUCGACAUUUACAAAAUAGCAAAAUUUGAAUCCUUUGAUCAAACAAAAGAAGCAAAAUUCGAAACCAAACCAAACUGCAAACGAGAUUGAUCCGGAUCAAAUCCAAUCCGUUGGUUAAGAAGACACAGAGAGAAGGGGAAAAGCUUAUCCAGAAACCAAACUUCAAAUGAAUGUCUGAAGGCUAGAUCCUUCAAUUCGAGGAAGAUGGCUCUUCUCUGUUUCAAUUCUCUCGCUCCUUUCUCUUCUCCAAGGCUCCAACUUUCGUCUUUCGCUUCACCAGUUUUCAUCCUUAAACCCAACACCAUCGAGUCAAAGAACAGAGUCUCACUUAGUGGUUACAACUUGAGCAAUAGCCAUGGAAGAGCAGCAAUUGUGAAGGCAGCUUCUUCUGGCGUGGACGGAGCUGAGCCCGAGAGCAAUGAGGAGGCACCUAAGACUGUUGUCGCUGCUGUCCCAGUGGACAAACUACCGUUGGAAUCAAAAGAAGCCAAAGAGAAGCAACUGCUAGAACAGAGGAUGAAGAUGAAGCUGGCCAAGAAGAUUAGGCUACGCAGGAAACGUCUGGUUCGUAAGCGUAAGUUGAGGAAGAAGGGUCGAUGGCCACCUUCCAAGAUGAAGAAGCUCAAGCAUGUUUAGAGAUGAUUAUCAUGACUCUUUGCUCUCUUUUUUAUUUAACUUUUUUUUGUAAUGUUGUUUGUAUAAGCAUUGUUUUUUGGAUUAAAAUCUCAAAUUGAGUAAGUU